AUGACAGCAGUGCUCAGGGAAAACCAGAGCCAUAUGACAGAAUUCCUCCUUCUAGGACUGACCAGUGAUCCCAAACAACAGGUAUGGCUUUUGGUCUGCUUCCUUGCCAUGUACCUGGUAAAUGUGAUUGGUAACUCAGUCAUCAUUGCAGUCAUUCAGGGAGAUACCAACCUACACAAUCCCAUGUACUUCUUCCUCUUCCACCUGUCCCUGGUGGAUGCACCACAGAUGUUAAUGAACUUGCUGACACAGAGAAAGACUACUUUUACCCAGUGCCUUGCUCAAAUGUAUUUCUUUGUGACUUUUGGUAUUACAGACAAUUUCCUCUUGGUUGCAAUGGCCAUUGACCACUAUGCUGCCAUCUGCCAUCCACUUCAUUACACCACAACCAUGAGCCCCAGGCGCUGUUGCUUGCUAGUGAUGGCAUCCUGGGCAGUGUUACAUCUUCACUCACUCACUCAGGGCUGCCUCUCUUUCUGUGGAGACAAUGUUAUUCACCACUUCUUUUGUAAUGUGCAACCACUGCUGACACUCUCCUGCUCUGAUACCUCCCUGAAUGAGCUUUUGGCCUUAACAGAGGGCUCUAUUGUGAUCAUAAGCCCUUUUAUCUUUAUUGUUAUCUCUUAUAUCUGUAUCACUUGGACAGUUCUGGAGGUCCCCUCAGUAGGAGGAAGGUACAAAGCAUUCUCUACCUGUGGGUCCCACCUCACUGUUGUGGCACUAUUCUAUGGAACUAUAAUAUCUGUGUACAUUCACCCCUCAUCCACCUACUCAGUGACAAAGGACCGAGUGGUCACUGUCAUCUACAUGGUAGUUACUACCAUGCUGAAUCCUUUCAUCUACCAAUUUAGAAACAAAAACAUGAAACAGGCCUUUAAAAAGUUGACUUGGGCUCAUCCCAAGCAAAAUUCUUCAGCGCAGACACGCCUUUAUCCCUCUUUGGCUGAUUUUGAAGAGAGCUUGGGGGAAUCAACAGAUUCGGAAGAGGAAACUUUGGAAGGGGAAAUUGCAGCAUUGCAGAGGGAAUUACGCAGGGCCCGUUUAAAAGAAAAGACAAAAAGGACCUCUGGGGAGAAGGAUAAGCCUCCUCCCUAUCCUCUUUCUGAUGCAAUUAAGACCUCUCUGGCCCCUCCCUUUCGGUCUGGCUCAGAGGAGGCUCCUUGUGGAGGCAUUAAGUGCUAUCCAGUGGUUGCCCCUGUUCUGGAAAUUCCAGAUCCCAACAAUCCAGGACAAGUUUUUCGCCGUCAUGAACCUCUGACUUUUAAGGAUUUAAAACAAUUAAAGGAAGCUGCCAGCCUUUAG